AUGGCUAAUACAACAUUAUCCAACACAACUUAUACUAAUUUGUGUAAAUCAUCAACGAAUACAGUUUAUUUAUAUGGACAUUUAGUACCCGGUAUUGCUUUAUUUAUAUUUGGUCUUACUUUUAAUCCUAUCGCACUUUAUUAUUUUGCGACUUCACGUAAUUUUCGUCGUUCGGCAUAUUCAUAUUAUUUUUCAGCAAUUGCUGUUGUUGAUCUUGUACGUCUUACUGUUUGGUGUCUUUUCUUUUUACUUGAUUUUAAAAUAUUUAAAUUACACUUUCAUUCAUUUGAAUGUCCAACACAAAUGUAUACGGAAUUCGUUGCAGGCUCAAUUAGUGCUUGGCUUACCGUUUCCUUAACUUUCGAACGAUGUUUAGUUAUUUAUAAACCAUUACAGACACUGACGGAUACAAAAGGAAGACGUGCUUUGAUAAUUAUUUUUUGUGUUAUUCUUGCAUCGUGCAUCGUUAAUUCAUUACUAUUACAACCUGGAUUUUAUGUGAAAAGAUCAUACAGAGAAAACAGUAUUCAAAUAGUUUGUCAUUAUGAACAGACGUCACAAUCUAAUAUAACACUUAAUAAACAACAUUCAUUAUUAACUCCAAAUACAAAACGUAUAUAUUUAUUAAUGAUAGUUAUAUUUCGUGUUGCUGUACCAUUUUUAUUACUUUUUACGGCAAAUAUAAUAUUAUUUAUUAGCGUACGUAGAACACGACAAGAAUCAUCGAAAUUAACUCCAUCAUUACUUAUUCGUCAUGGUCAUCAUCGACAAGUAACACCCAUGAUAUUUUUUUCUUCAUGUAUUCUUCUACUGACAAUUUCACCUCGAUAUCUUCUUCAAUUUUAUUUAAAUUUUCGCCAAAAACUUCCGCAUUGUGCUUUUACACAUUAUAUUCCACAUUUAUUAAAAACUUUCGAAUUAUUUAAUUAUGCAUUUAAUGUAUUUGUUUCAAUUGUGAGUGGUAAACAUGGUCGACAUGAAUUAUUUAAUAUGUUAUUUUGUCGACCAAUACCAAGUCAAACAUUACGUUUAGCUACACCCUCGAAAUUAGUUGGUUCACCGACACCGCAUACAUUAACAACAUCGAAACAUCAAGGUCAACGACACUCAAAUCAGAAAAUAGACGAACCAAGGAAUUCAACACAUAAACCAUUACUUCCAAGUCUCGAUCAUAUUAAAAGCAAUCAUUAUCAUUAUCGAUAA